AUGAUUUUGUACCCUAAACUCCUGUCUGUGUCUUUCACGUAUGAUUUCUCCCUGGAUGGCGCAGCGUGGCGGUGGGGGGCGGGGCUUCGAGGAGGCGGCGGUCCAGGGGUCGAGGCCAGCCGAGGAUGGAGGAGCCUGUCCUUAGGCUCCGCCCACUGCUCCACGCCCCUCCGCUUCCUCCUUGCUCUGAUCCCUGUGGUUAGCAGCGCUCAGCCCGACGCAAUCCUCCACACGGUGCAGUGCUCCGCCCCCUCCGCCAAGACCCGCCCCCCGCCACGCUGCGCCCGCCUCCAGGCGAAUCAUUCUGAAAACACAGGACAGGGCUUUUAG